AUGACGAAAGUGCGUUGUGACGAAAGUUCCUUUUACCAAAAUAUCGAUGUAUCAAGGAAAAAAAUGAAAUUAGAUACAACAACAUCGAGUGCAACAAUAAUUAAUUCAGUGCAGAAAAAGAAGACGCCGGCGAAACGACAUGGUGCUGGCAUUACCAAUAUUUUUAUCGAUUCAGACGGAGAGGAAGAUGAGACAUCACCACAAUCUAAAGUUGCUGAACUAGUUCCGCAAGCGCAUGAUUCAGUAUCUGAUCACGUUAAUUACGAAUGA